AUGACUGCCACAGUCUUCAAAAUCCUAGUUCUCCCUGGAGAUCAUGUCGGGCCAGAGAUCAUGGCUGAGGCCCUGAAGGUUCUGGAUGUGGUCGAGGAAUGCCGUCCGGCUGUCAAAUUCGAACGGACUACCGACCUCGCCGGGGGCUGCAGCAUCGACCAGCACGGUGUCCCUAUCACAGACGCAGUCCUGGAGAAGGCUUCCCAGAGCGAUGCAGUGCUGUUUGGUAGCGUGGGAGGUCCAGAAUGGGCACAAUCCACACCAGGCCCGGAACACGGGCUCUUGCAGCUUCGUAAAAAGCUUGAUGCCUUUGCCAACAUCCGUCCCUGCGAGUUCCUGGCGCCCUCUCUCAUCGAAGCUUCCCCACUGAAGCCAGAAGUUGCACGAGGCACGAAAUUCAUCGUGGUUCGGGAGAACUGCGGUGGAGCCUACUUUGGAGACAAGAGAGAAGAGGCCGAUGUCGGCUCGGACCUGUGGCAAUAUAGCAGGCCCGAGGUCGAGAGAUGUGCUCGUGUCAGCGCGAGCAUUGCGCGAAUCCUCGGACGGGACGGCGACGGCAAGGGCGGCGGUGGGCCGGCAGUUGUGUGGAGCGCCGACAAGGCCAAUGUUCUUGCCAGCGGAAGACUGUGGCGGCGGGCUACCGAGGAGCUCUUUCGAGCCGAGUUCCCUGACGUCGAGCUUCGCCACCAGCUGGCAGACAGUCUCGCUAUGUUCCUUGUGCGAAAUCCUCGCGCUUUCAAUGGUGUCAUCCACACGGACAACACUUUUGGCGACAUCCUCUCAGACAUAUCGGGCGGCAUCGUUGGCAGUCUUGGGACUUUGCCCAGCGCCAGCCUCUCGGGUGUCCCGGGAAAAGGUCGCUGCAAUGGUAUAUACGAACCUGUUCAUGGGGCAGCACCCGACAUCAGCGGCAAAGGAGUCGUCAACCCAGUGGCACAGAUCCUCAGCCUAGCGAUGCUGCUCAGAUACUCUUGCCUGCUAUCUGAGGAAGCUGCGGCUAUUGAGGGGGCUGUUGCUCAUGUUUUCAAGUCCACUGACGCUGGUGGCCUGGGAAUUCGGACAAGAGAUAUGGGAGGGCAGGCCGGAACACGAGAGGUCGGGGAUGCAAUAUGCAGAGUACUCAGGGAGGCAUUAAGGUCUGCUUAA